AUGUCCCAUCCUCAGCCUUCUCUCGCGGCCCUGAAUUUUCGUACCAGACGGCCUCAGCACUCCUGGAGUCAAGAGGAACGCUACCUCCUUUGCUGUCUACGAAGGUUUUUCGACUUGCAGUAUGGUCAAAUAACGAAAAUAUUCAAUGAACUUUAUUUCACCAAAAUUCAAGCAGAGGGUUUUCCACAAGGGCUCAAGAGGUCUACUGUGACAACUCAGUGGGAAGACCUGGGACGACGGUUCCACGACGACUGGAAGCACGUCCACCAUGACAUCCCAUUUGACCAAGGGCCACAGCACUUUAAUCAUUUAUUCCAGAUGAUUAGAACCGCAUCUGCUGCUCUUCAUAUAGCCCUGGUGACCAGGGCGCGUGACUUGGACGUAUCGCGUUUUGGCCUGAUGGCUACAACUAGGCGACGAGCACAGCCAGCUCAGCCAGCUCAACCAGUACAGACUCUACCAGCAGCUUCUGGAAAGGCAACAAGGGCAACCACUACUGAAAUUCAAAAUCCGAUCGCUUUCCGUCCCCUGCAAACCAAUGUUAGUCCGGAAGAUCCAUCUGAACCGAGUCAAGCUCCACCCGCACCCAAGCCUCGACAGUAUGCAGAAAUAACUGAUCCGAUAGGGCAUAUUCGUUCCUACGGGCUUAACAGAAGAGCGGAAUUUCCAAAGCCAACUCCCCCGACCCAGAUACCUUCCUUACUAUGGCGAUUCUCGAACGACGACUCCGCUGGGAUUAAUAGCAAGUGGGGGUAUGUCGCCUACGCAUUCACCGUUGAGCUAGGAAAUAUACCUCAUCCCGAGGAGAGACUCGAGGAAUUUCCAGCGUGGGUUUGGUCGCACGUCAACAAAAAGAGGAUUCCUUCCCCUUUUAUCUCAACAUCAAUUGACCCGCUCGUGCCAAUGCAUCGAGCUUUGCGCGGAAACAGAAACGCCAUUUUCAGUCUUGUAAAUCCAAAGCAGAUCCCGUCCAGCCAUAUUUUUUAUAUGCAAGAUCUGAUGCGACAGUUUUCUAUUUUUACUCGCGGCUACUACGGCACAAAGGAGUACAUCAUCUGGGGCUGUAUUUCUCGCCCUGCCAUACUGAUGUCGUUUCGAGUGGAUGAACUGCUAGAAAUCACCGAAGAACACCAAGAUAUCAAGGAGAUGCUACAGCUGGAUGUUAUUUCGGAGUCUAAAACAUGCAAGACUCCUCUGUUUGACAGACUGGCCGCAAAAACCUUUGAGAGUGACUUCCAAGUGGGCAAGACCCUCGGAAAGUUACUCAAGCUGUUGCAUCUGCAGCGCGAGUACGCUCAUGAUGCUGCCACGGCCUUCAAUAAAUCUUGGAGAUUUACGAAUUCAGAGGACACCGCGCAGUUUCUUCGUGGCGUAGAUUCUGGUUACGAUCAAACUGAGACCGAUCCCCUUUCCUCACCCCCGUCGUCGAACAGAUCGUCAGGCGUUGAAUCGAUGAAUAGUACAGGCCUCGCCGCUCAAGAGGGUUAUGUGUUGGUAGAGUCAUCCCAGAAAGCCUGCAAUGAACAGGAAGAAGAGCUCCGUGACGAUCAUGCAACUGCUGAGAAAGUUCGAGAGUCCAUCGACCGACUUAGCAUCCUCGACGACGAGGAAGACGGUAGCAUGAUCAUCGUCUCGAACACUCCUUGUCCCUCAUCUUCAAAAGGCAAAGAAGUCCUCAGAUCUACAGAGAAACGCCCAGCAACGGUGCAGUUUCCGGUAGAAACGAAAUUUCGAAAGACAGAUGGUGUUUCGUUUCCAUCAAGAAAUCGCACGGUAGCAACGAGACACAUUUCAAUGUUCAACCCAAACUCCUCGUCGUGGUCCCCGAUUCGAGAUACUUGUGAACCUGACUCUGAAGCAAGAAAUAUCAAGAAGGAGGAGGAGGUUUUUCCGUCCAUCGAAGAUGCCGAGAACCACCACGAAGUCAAGACACCCGAACCACCGACGACUCUGCGCAUCAAGCAAAGCAGAAGCCGAAGUUGUAGCAUGGAUAGCGAUUCCACAAUCGGCAACGAUAUGCCAGUGACUGAUCGGUUUGGAAGGGAGCGGUCCCAUAUUAACCGCGUGAUAAAUACCCAUUGGCCAGCAUUCUGGGAUUCACUCCAAGAAAGCGCCAGGGACUAA